ACUUACAGGCUGAUAAAUGUAUACUGCCUAUGGAGGUGUAUCCUUGGAAAUCUGGAAUGUAUUACAAGAUCCUCCCUCCCCCUUUGGAACUGACUAGCCCAACAGCUGAGAUCAAAUCUUGUCAAUGCAAUAACUUGCUUCUCAGCUCCAGUCCAGAAUAUCAAUCAGCAGCAAACUUGCUAGGACAGUGUACAUGUUUUGGUUUAUUUAUUCUACUUUUGAUGCUGCAAAGAACAACUCACUGGAUUUAAACAUUGCCUUCACUAUUUUUGGACAGUUCAGCAAUGCUUCUUUUAUAUUUAUUUGUUUUACAUGUUCUGCAGUCAGUCAGGGCACAGCAGCUGCUUCAAGGAUCAUGCAGAUUUGAACAAGGCACUUGCGGAUAUAACUCAGAUCCUGAAUUCUUGAAAUGGAUUCUUAAUGAAGAAGGGCGUUACAUUACUGCUGAUUCAGCCUUUGGAGGAGCAGGUCAGAAAGCUGUGCUUAUCAGUCCUGACCUGGAGCUGCUGGAGUGGAGCUGCAUCAGGCUGGUGUAUCAGAUUACUGGCUCUGGUUCUUUACAAAUGUAUAUGAGGCCAGAGGGAGAGAGCUUUGACUACCAUUUGUGGUCAGCCCAAGAUCCCUCAGACAACUGGCUCAUUGCAAGUGUUGACCUGAGAAACGCAACUAACAGCUACAAGAUUGUUUUUGUGGCUUCACCUGGGCAAAAACCAGACCAAAGCGUUGCAAUCUUUGAAAUACACGUUGUCUCAGGAUACUGUGUUGAGUGUAACUUUGAAGAACAUCAUCUAUGUGGAUAUAUGAAUUACUGGAAUCCCAAUGUAAACUGGUACGUAGGUGGAAGUACUAUCCGAGAUGACCAGUCAAAUCUGCCCAAUGAUCACACAAUGAACAAUGAGCGAGGUCACUACAUGUAUGUGGAUUCUGUCUAUGCCAAACACUUUCAGGAAGUAGCUCAGCUCACGUCUCCAAUGACAACAACUACGAUAUCAGGAUGUUUGUCAUUCUACUACCAGCGUGACCAAUCAAAAGGCAACAUUUUCACAGUUUUUACCAGAGACAGAAUGGGCCAUUAUGAGGAAAUCUGGAAACCUGACAUAUAUGCAAAGUUUAUGUGGAAGUUAGUAAAAGUGGAUAUAAAAGCCCCUCAUCCUUUGGCGGUUGUCUUUGAAGUUGCUUUCAACAGUGCUAAGGGAGGCUAUGUUGCGAUUGAUGAUAUUUCUUUCUCCCCAGAAUUCUGCAGCACUGAGACAGAACCUUUCUUUGAUCCGUCUGUGGCAAACUGUGAUUUUGAAGAAGAUUUUUGUCGAUACUAUCAGGAGCGAACAGAAGGGUCUGUGUGGAACAGGGUUUCGGUGAAGCCUAAUGUUUACAGAGUAGGAGAUCAUACAACGGGGUCAGGUUCAUUCUUGAUGGCUAACACCAGGCUUAUAUCCAGGCCAGGCUACGUUGGGCGCCUAUAUGGUCCUUACCUGCCAGGGACAUUGAAGUACUGUCUGAGAUUUUACUAUGCCCUACAUGGGUUCAUUAAAACAGACAGCACCCUGGCUGUUUAUAUCUAUGAUGAGAACAAUGUGGCCCAAGAGAAGGUCUGGACAGUUUCUGAAAGUCCAACAGGCUCCUGGAUUCAGGUUGAAAUCAGUUACCAAAAACCCAUGCCCACAAAGGUUGUUUUUGUCAGCAUUUGUACACAUUUCUGGGACUGUGGAUUGGUAGCACUGGAUGAUAUCACAGUGAGUCUUGGGGACUGCCGGAUCUCUGCUGAUGGGUUUCCCUGCCCUCCCGGUGAAUGUAACUUUGAAGUGGAUAACUGUGGCUAUAUGCAGGAUGAGAAAGACAAUAGUAACUGGAUACGAAAAAGAGGUCAAACCCCAACAUCAUUUACUGGACCCAAAGGAGAUCAUACAACAGGGGUAGGGUACUACAUGUACAUUGAGGCUUCCCCUAUGAUCUCUGGACAUAAUGCUCGCUUACUGUCAAAUGCGCUACGAGGCUUCUUGCAUCAGCAGUGUCUGGUGUUUUACUAUAACAUGUAUGGUUCUGGGACUGGCCUGCUGAGCAUCUAUUUAAAGAAAGAAGGACAGAGAGAGGAGGUGUUGCUCUGGAGGCGCAGAGGAGAGCAGAGUAUCUCUUGGCUUAAAGGCUUGGUAGAGUACGAGUGUGAUAGGAACCAUCAGAUUGUCUUUGAAGGUGUUCGUGGAAGCUCAGUAAGAAGUGAUAUUGCGAUAGAUGACAUUUUAUUUAAAAAAGGACCAUGUAAAGAAUUGGGAGAAACAUCAAUUCUUUACUCUGGAUUCACUGAAAAUGACAACGAUAUUGAUUACUGAAAACAACAUAGCCUUGGUGUGUCAGGGACCAGAGAAAAACAAUGGGAACGUACAUAAAAAAUAUUGAAAAGGCACAAUUUGUUACCAUCUGUACUAAAAGCUGAACACAUAUUUUCAUUGACUAAUGUUGAAAACUCAUUCCUAAUAUUGUGUUUCCAAAGAACAUGCAUACACAACAUAGUAAAUAGAGUACUAACCUGGCUCCAACUAUUGCAGUAUGUCAGCAGUAGGAAAUAUGGACUUGUCGUCUACUGUUAUAUAACUCCUUACUGGCAACAGCACAUAGGUCCCAUACAAAGACAAGAAAAACUAAUUGGAUCAUCAAUACAACUCUAAUAGGAUGAGCACAUGCACUGACAAUCAGUAAUUAUUUUAACUUUUAUUAUGACUGCUUAUGUUAUUCAAACCUUAUAUAUAAUCAAUAUCAGAAACAUCACUGGUAACCAGGAGAAGUAACAGAUUGCAGCUACAGGUGUUGUUGUAACCUGAGCUAUGUGUUCUCUAUGUUUAAUAGGUAAAAGAACAAUUAUUUAGAUAACAGAGUGGGGGUGUGUCACAAAGACGGCCAAGUGGGCGGCGUCAGAACCAGGAAAAGGAAUGAAAUACACAAAAACGAU